ACUGUCUUCAUACUUAUGAAAAAAACACCUACCUCAGAAAGGAAGGGUCAGGAUGGAUGAUCACCAGAAAGUCCUUCUUGAUCAUCAUCGUGUUUAUGAACUGUUACAUGUGGAUCUUGAAUGUGGCCAACAUCAAGACUCUUGUUAAUCUAACAAGUAAACACAUGGAGAAAUUACUGAGUCAAUCCGUGGAGAGGAUUUUAUACACUGUUAACCGAGCAUCGACCUUGGCUUACCAUGUUGAGUCAAUACAAUUGUUUUAUAAAUUUUACCAAGAAGAUAACGAAUCAAUAUUUCAACAAGAAUACGAGGAGCUGAUUGAUAAUGAAAUUGUUGGACGUCAGGUCAUCGAAGUAGACUCGAGAAAAGGUCUAUGGGGCGGAUUUUUUCUUUUUUUCUUGUUAAUUUCAAUGGCUGGUGGAUCCUUUCUUACUAGGACACAUUUGACAGAUAUCCACUACUUUGCGACAGCUGCAACGAUCAUCAUUCUUCUAACUAUAUUCUGCAUCACAUUAAAUACCACCUUAUCAUUUCAAAACAGUGAACAAAUGAACAACAUGUUUGAGGAUAUAGCUUACUACAUGUCUGGUGAAAAAGUUGGUCAUUUGAGAAUUUUAUUGUUCUACUCUAUUUGUGCUGUGAGUUAUCAUUUUCUUCUUACAAUGAAAAUCAUAUUCGAUGGUAAUAGAGGGGAUAUAUACCAACCUGUGCGCGAGGGCUGCAAAGGUGUUGCUUGUAUCAGUUUGACUGUCUUCAUGUUUUGGAUGAGCCAUGAGAACAGAAAGUUGAGGUGCUGGCGUGAUUUGAAUGUGAUGCUAUGGACCGUAAUGGCAUUGGUGCUCCUGGAACUUAUUGAGGAAACGUAUCAACAUACCCAAGUUCAUGACAAUUUAUUAGAACUGUACGCGUUACCGUUAGCAAUUGAUUUUAAGAUUUACGUCUUAGUUCAUUCAUACAGCGAUGUCGUGCUGGCAAGAACGGAAUAUCGUCAAGAGCUACGGCUAGCUGCAUUAGCGCCUUCGAUAAGUCCAAUAUCUUCUUUAGUUAGCACUCCACCAUCAAGCAUUCACUAUAGUGAAUAA